AUGCCACGAGAGUUUCGAAAACGUGGUAGAGGCAACAGAGCCAAGCCAGAAAAGACGCAGGAUGACGCAUCUAACUUACCUCUGGAACCUCUGAUCUACCGGAACGUAUUGGAGUUAGCUGUACCCGAAGAGUCCUUUCAAACGAAACAAAAUCAAAUCACAGCUCCCGAUAAGCCUCCUGCACCCGAAACAGAGCCACAAUUUCCAGAACCUAGUCCCGAUUUAAAAGCUUAUUGGCGGGACAUUGAUGAUAAAAUUCAGGAACUCGAACGGCUAGGAGCUGGUUCCACUCAUUGUACAGAUCUUUUACAAGAAGUAGGUGAAGAAGAUGAAGAAGAUGAAAGGAAUUUACUUUUGCGGUCUGCGCUGGAGGAACUUUCGGGACAUGAACUCUCUCUAGCGGCGGACCCAGAGACCAGCGUGAUUCUGGAGCGACUCAUAUACAGUAUGGACGACUUUGCUAAACGAGUCUUGGCGGAUCGCUUUAUGGUUCACUUUCUAGAUUUGAUCUCACAUCGUCAUGCCUCACAUGUGGUUCAAACUUUACUUGCGUUAUCAGCUCCCGUUUUGGCACGCGAAGCACAUGGCAAACCUGAACAAUCGAACAGUAACGAAGCUGAUCACGAUCACGGUGAUCUACCUGCCAUGUACCUUUUGCUAGCUCAAGCUUGUGAGGACGUAAUGCCCAAUAUACAGUCACUAUCGGAACAUCCAACUGCAGCACACGUGCUUCUCACGCUUUUCCUUUUGGUCUCCGGAAAGCCUGUCUCAGCUGAACAUGCUCGAUCGCGCAAAUCAGCAAAAUGGAGGUCUAAGCAAGGUCACCUUCGUUCGGUAUUCCACAGAGAUCAGGCGGAUGAAAAGGAUAUUAGUGACGGUGUCUCGCCUGUCCCAGCUCCUCUGCACAAAAUGGGAACUAAACUUUACAACACUAUCAAAUCAACAUGGUGUCAAGCACCUGGAGUAGGGACCCGCAAUGCAGCAUGUAAUCCUGCCACAAAUGCAUUGUUGCAGGUACUCGUAGGAUUGGAGUUUGAUAAGGGCGAGGCCGAAAAGCCUGGAUCCAUGGUUGACAAUCUCCUCGAUGGUCUUAUUACAUCUCAGGGACCUCAAACUCGGUCAGAGUUUGUCGAGACUUGUUUACGAGAUACCACCGCCUCACAUGUGAUGGAAUGUGUAAUCAGCCGACUCUCACCUAGCUACUUUUCUCAAUUCUAUUCUACCUACUUCCUCCACCGUAUGGGCAUGCUCUCUAAUCAUCCUGUCACCAAUUUUCUCACUGCCAAAGUGGUCUCAAGAUUGGACUCCGACCAAUUUUUACCCGCCUUACAAGAAUGUGUUCCCAAGAUGAUUGACUGUAUUGAUAAUUACCGCACAGGAGUCUUGCAAGCUCUGGUUAGUCGUUCAAAGAAUCUUGGUUUAACUGAACAACGUGAGGUUAUUCAAAGCCUUCUUCGAGCAUUCGGAGUGACUGAAGAUACCGAGAAGCCAUACAUAUUUCCUUGCUUGAUUUCCCUAAUGAGGCUUGAUUAUUUCCGAAAGACGACUGCUUUUCAACAAAUCGAGAAAUCACUGAAGUCAUCUGAAACCGACACAAACGAUAUGAAACUUCCGGAUAGCAAUAUGCAAGGCUCUUUGCUAUUGCAAGGCAUCUUACAACUCGCUGUACCUGAUCUUAUGACAUCCAUCGUCAACAGUCUAAUGUUACUGCCGCUUUCUGUGACAAUGAGCUUUUCUCGUGAUACUAUCGCUUCUAGAGCGCUCGACAGCAUUUUAAACUCGCCCACCAUCUCACCAGCACCACGACGUCAAUUCAUCUCACGCUUUAUUGGUCAUUAUCAUCGUCUGGCUGAUGAUCGUGUCGGAAGUCGGAUAGCCGACCUAUGUUGGGCCGUUGCUGAUGUAUUCACAAAAGAAAAAAUCGCUUCUAGUUUGGUCGAUCAACAAAAUGCUUUACAACAGUCCGCUUACGGUCAUUACUUUGUACGAAAGCUUGAACUACCGUACUUUGAACGACAGAGGAAUGGAUGGAAGGCAGCUAUGUUACAGAAGUUCCCUUCGAGAAAAGUCGUCGCUCUGCCUACUAAAGAAGAACAAACUAAGAUUACGACCAAGAUACUCGAAGAACCAAAAGGUAAUGAAAUAGAAAAAGACACGGGCCGUCCGAUUGAGGUAAAUGAACCGUUACAGAAGUCCAAGAAACCCAAGAAGAAAAAAAUGGAGGAACCGGCUGCCAACGAAAUAGAUGUCCUUGAUGGACUUUUCGACCCUAUAAUCAAGAAACGGAAAAAGAACAAGAAAAAGUCAGAUGAGAUGGACCAGUGA